CCCUCUUCCUUCCUUCCCUCUCCACACAUACACGCUAUUCCUUUCCUCACUGAGCCUGUAACAAACGAUGGAUCUUGUUCACACCUGAAAGAGCAUUUUUACUGCUAUCUUUCAGAAUCUUUGGCUCGUGGUGAGAGCUAACAACCCCGGUUUGUGCGCGCAAUGAUGGCCACCUACCCAGGCCCCGAGGAUAACGGCAUGAUACUCGUGGACACUACCUCGAGCUCAGCGGAGAAAGACCGAACAAAAGAGGAAACUCCUCCUGAGAAGGGACCGGACAAAUCCGACCCGACCCAGAAACCACCGUACUCCUACGUGGCGUUAAUCGCGAUGGCAAUCCGCGAGAGCUCAGAGAAGCGUCUCACGCUGUCCGGUAUCUACCAGUACAUCGUCAGUAAGUUUCCUUUCUACGAGAAGAACAAAAAAGGAUGGCAGAACAGCAUCCGACACAACCUGUCACUCAACGAGUGCUUCAUCAAGGUGCCUCGGGAGGGCGGCGGCGAGCGAAAGGGCAACUACUGGACCCUGGACCCGGCAUGCGAGGAUAUGUUCGAAAAGGGCAACUACCGGCGACGGCGACGCAUGAAGAGACCGUUCAGGCCUCCACCGACCCAUUUCCAGCCUGGCAAAUCUCUCUUCGGCGGCGACGGCUACGGUUACCUCUCCCCGCCCAAAUACCUGCAGUCAGGGUUUAUCAAUAACUCGUGGUCUCCUGCGCCUAUGUCCUAUACCUCCUGUCAGAUGAGCAGCGGGAACUUGAGUCCCGUUAACGUGAAAAGCUUGUCUGCGCCGUCCUCGUACAAUCCGUACUCGCGGGCGCAGAGCACGGGUCUCCCGGGCAUGAUGAACACUUACAACGGCAUGAGCCACCAUCAUCUCCACCAUCACACGCACCCUCAUGCGCUCCCGCACGCGCAGCAGCUGAGUCCCGCCACGGCUGCAGCCCCUCCGGUGUCCACCGGUAACGGAACAGGGCUGCAGUUUGCUUGCUCGCGUCAACCCGCAGAACUCUCCAUGAUGCACUGCUCGUACUGGGACCACGAGAGCAAGCACUCCGCGCUACACGCGCGGAUUGAUAUAUAGCUCGGGUGUGAGUUUUGACACCAAAAACAGAUUAACAUUCUCGCUAAAAGACAAUAAAAAUGAGGUCCAUCGAUUUCAAAAAACACAAAGGCAUUUCAUAAAAUUUUGCUGAUUUAAGAGUAAGAAGGAAAAACUUUUACUGGAGCCGCAAACUGUGCUAGCACGGGCUUUCUGGGCGAGUAUAGCCUGCCUGAUGCGGGGAAUAAAGAUCACAUUUUCCUUCACAGGAGACUCGUGGACAUUUAUGUUCUGAAUGUGUAUAAACAGUUCAAACAGAUGAGAGGAUGGCCAGCAGAUAGAAGGUAUAAUCAUCAUGGAAUUACAAUUCAUGUUUACCUGAAUCCAUUCUGUCAAUGCCUCUAAAGUGAAGUAUUGGGUUCUGAACCCUUUUUUCUUUCUUUCUUCUAUUCGCUUUUGAAUGUGUAAGGAUACAGUGGAGCUCUGGGCAGGUAUACAAACCGAAGUGUACACACCUGUGUUUUGGCCUCUUGUUUCAGUGUUUAAGGGUCUCAUAUAGGGGUCAGAGCACGUGACUGCUAGUUUGGACUUUUGGACUUUGUAAAAAAAAAAAAAAAAAAAACCGGAAAAAAAGAAAACACAAGAAAAAAGAAAGAAAGAAAUGUAUAUGACACAUUGGGGCCAUGUUUAACUAGCACUUUUCAAUCUUUUUUUCUCUUUUUUUAUAGGUCUAUAGUUUUUAUUCUUUAAUAAACACUUUGUGAACUGAA